GGUGUGUGUGUGUGUGUGGGUAUGUGUGUGUGUGUGUGUUUUGAGAGAAUAUACAAAAGGUAUAGUUGGGGGAUGUUGGCUUUUCUCUCGCCAUCUUACCGUACACUCAACACGGAAUGCUCAAUUUAGUUUUUUAUUAUUCAUUAUUUUUUGUGCCUCCAGGUGACACCUCCUGAGUCAAUGACACCACGUUACUACCACUCCAUCACUGCCACCAGUCUGGGACCAGGACUCACUGAGGUCCUCGUGUUUGGAGGCCUGCAGAAGGUGGGGGUGGAUGUCAUUGCUGAGACCACCAUACUGAGAUUUGAGUUGACUGGACCCUCAGCUUCUGUUGCUGGACCCUCGGCUGGGAAGUGGGCUCUCGUGGAUGUGGCCCACAACGACACUAGAGGCUCCGCCCAGCGACUGAGUGAGAAGAGGAUCAGACAAGCAACUGCUCGUGCCUCAUCAGUCAGUGAGACCAGCGACCACUCCUCUCAAGACCGGGUCAGGUCUCUGGAACAACAGUUACGAGCAGCACAGCAGAGAGAGCACGACACUCAACGUUACCACCAACUAGAGUUGCAAGAGAAAGAUCGAGAAUUAGCUUCAAAAAUUCGAGAUUUGUCCACAAAAGAUCGUGAAUUGACUGCAUACCUUUAUAGUUGA